CAUAAAUAAAUGCUAAAAGUAUUUAUGUCAAAAUAAUACGUAAUGCUGAAAAUAUUUAUAACCAUAAAAAUAUUCAGUUUUUUUAAUAUAAAUUCUCAAAAUAAUAUAUGUGAUGCAGAUAUUAUACCAAUCCUUAAUAUUUUCUUAUAAUUAAUGGUAGCCUAGUAUCUAAUUAUUCCCAAUAAAGAAAAAAAAUAAAAUAAAAAACUACACUUGGUCUACAAUUUAGUUUUGCAGAUUCCAUAUCGAUCAAUUAAAAGAAUCAAUCUAAUGAUUCCAAAACUAAAAUUGACAAUAAAUCGCUGGAUAUUUCAACAUGCGACCUUAGCUCAGUUGGUAGAGCGGAAGACUGUAGUCUGUGACAGCAUAUCUUUAGGUCGCUGGUUCGAUUCCGGCAGGUCGGAUUUUUUUGUGUUUUGCUUCUUCUUUAAAAGACGCAUUGGAUCAAGAAACGGCGUGGUGUUCUCCUUUGAAAGAUACAGACGGUAUGGCCGAGCUAUUUUUAAUUUGUAUGUAUAAAGAUUAAGUGGAACUUCUCUACGUUCUAAGAAUUUCCUCACGCAGGCUUUACUGCCACACUUGGGGUUUGGACACGAUGCAACAUAACAUCAUGCUUGGUCCAGCCCAUUCCUUUCUUCUUUCUUUUGCUCCACUCGACGUGGCCCAAUUUUUACUAACCAAAGGCAAAUCAUUUUCCAUUUUCGUUUUCAUCUUUGCGCAAACUAUUUUCACAUAAGACUGAGUCAGCCAUUUACGUAUAUGAUGGAGUGUGGAAGUACAAAUAAACAUGUAACAUUAGUGUGAAAUUAAUUCAACAAUAAACAUGUAAGAUCAAGUGGUUGCAAUCAAUUCAGCCAUCUUAAUGAACUGUUUGAUUAUGUUCAACUUUUUUUUUGCGGAAUGAUGAUUUCUCUUUAAAAGCAAUCCUAACUGUCCAAAGCAUCAACAUACAUAUAGCUUAUGGUAUUUGAAAGCGAUCCUAGCUACACAAUAAUAUUCAUUACAUAAAAUGAAAAUCUAAUUACAGCCAGAUUUUUUUUUUUUUUGUGGAAUGGCGAGUUUUCUUUGGCUCACAGACCUCUUAGUUAUAGAAGGAAGAGAUUAAGGAAUGAAUUUUCAAAUUCAUUUAAAACAUUUAAAAUGUUACAAACCUUAUUACAAACAUGUAAAAUGUACAUGGAUGAUAAAAAGUUCUCAACUGUAUACAAUGAUAUAAUCCUUCAUGCAGAUACUUGUUGCCAAAACAUGGAUGAUAAAAGUUCUCAACCAUACUAUGUUUAAUUCGUUUGAAAAACCUAUAUAUAAUGAUGCAGACACUUGGGGGAGAAAGUAAUCAAUCUUAUCCCAACAUAAUUAAUACUUAGAAAACACAUUAGGUGUGUUAGAGAUAGAAGUUUCAACUUUUGGAGAAACAGGUUCCGUAAUCUCAGAGUUUCCAUUCAAGUUUCAAAUAUUAAUUCAUUUUAUUAAACAAUAAAACAUGAGUGCCGUAUGAAAAAGUGUUGUACCAUUUUUCAACAUGUACAUUAAAUGGUUUUCUACGAUCAACAAUAUGAAGUUUUGGCAUACCUGGCUGGAGCCGUUUAUCACCGAAAUUUAUUUAAGUAUAUGCAUUAAUAAAUGCAAUUUUCGUUGGUGAAAUGAGAAGAAAACAAAUAUAUUGUUCAUAUAAAAAACGAAAAUAAUUGAAGUUUGAGGAGGUGAGGUUUUGUCAUGCAUGACCCAUCCUCUCAUCUUUCUGAGAAUGGACAAUGACAAACUCAACAUCCAACUGUUUUAUUCACGUGUCAGCUACUCACACCUUCUUCAUGAUACAAAUCCUUUGCCACUAAGGAAAAUAAUAAUUGCAUAAAUAUGAAGAGAGUUCGUACUUAGGUACCCUUUGUAAUUUUCAAACUUGUACAACUUUACUAUAUAUAUAUAUAUUUUUCUUUUUGAGAACUAUAAAUAAAAUAAUUUUAUGCUACAAUGUUAGUAUAAGUUUAUUCACACAAAAGUACUUUCUAAAUAACGUAGAUGAAAAUAUACUAAAACACAUUAAUGUAGUUGAGAAGUUUAGACACAUAAGUUAGAUAACAGUUUUAUACCUUCAUCUCUUUUCAUAAUCUAGUAAAAAAAUUAAAAAUAAAAUUUUAGUCAUAACGUAGGAUUAGUUUAUUUACUAAUAAUAGAUGUUAUACCAUUUUUUGCAUAUAAACUAUUAGUUUAUUUGAUCUAAAUUUCUUUUAGUUUUUUUUGGUGAAGAACAUGUUCUUUAUUGAGGGCUGUACGUGUAUAUGGUCCAAUCUCUCAAUUUUUUUACUUUCUGAACUCCCCACACGAGUAUUCGAUUUAACUUUCAAUAAUUAAUUACUCGUCCUAUAUUUCAUUAUUUAUUUUUUUGGUGCAAGCUCUUAGCUCUAUUUUGUAUAUUUCAUUAUUUAUAAGCUCAAAAGUUCCACAACACCAUAACACCAUAAAACUCCAAAUCCACCACAACUCCAAAAGGAAAAAGAAAAAAUAGUUCCGCAACACCAUAAAACCCAAAAACCGCCCACUUCUACCAUCAAAGAAAGACAACACAGAGAAACGUUCCUCUCUGAAACCAAUCGUGGCUGUAUCUAAAAGAGUUCUCAUUUGUGAUUCUUGAUUGGUCUAAACCUUAAUCAAGAAGAUAUGGUAUGUUUCUGUUUCUUGGUGGAUCAGAAGAGGAAAGUGAAGCGGAGCAAACCGGCGGCAGGAACUUGCUCACGGUGCGGCCAUGGCGCUAGCAUCGCCGACAUGAAGACGUCGACGAGAUUUUGUUUCGUUCCAAUUUACUGGAAAUCUUGGAGAGCCGUUGUUUGCAGUUUCUGUGGCUCUGUUCUUAAGUCCUACCGUUAAAAGAUUUUCCAGUUUAUCAACCACUAGAUUUUCAUUACAAUGUUUAACAUAAUUAUAAAAUAACAUAUAUAUAUGUAUGUGUGUGGGUAGUAUAGAGAUCAUAGGUUUUCUUUUGAAUAAAAUUCUACGAGUCUACAUGCAAGAGGAUUUUUUUGACAUGUUAAAACCUCUUGUAAUUAUUAAACGGAACUAUAUGGGUAGGGUCAUCGUAUAAAUAUAAUUAAUGAGUGUGAAAGUGAUUAGUGUUCUGAAUAUGAUUUUAAUAGUGUAAGAUGUUAUCUAAUUUGUAUAAUUGUUUUCUCGAUUAUUAUAACACAAGAGCUUUUUUUGUUGUUA